UUUGUCUCUCACCCCUGAGAUGUCACCAUCACAUCAGAGACCAGCAUUUGGCUUGCCCAAAUCGGACCACAUCGCGUACGGAUUCAUACUUUCUUGUUUGAACGCUGGUAGCGAAUGUACAGAUUUACCCCUGGUGCCUGGCCCAGCAGUUUGAAGCGAGCAGAACGUACUAAUAAGACGUGAGAUCUUCAACGCUCUACCCCGUGGGUAAGAUCGUUCUAGAUUGCAGGUUGUAAGGUUGACCACUUCCGUUUGCUUGCAAAGACAACAUCGAGAUCAGCGAGAUCUUCGAUCUUACCUACGAUCUUUACUUGUUGCUUUUUCAAGACAAAAUCAUGUCGAUCCCAAGACCAGAGGGAGGGGAUAUUAACAUCGGGCACUCAAUCAUGGCCGAGGGGUGGACUCUUUACGCCUUCUCUACCAUAGUUAUUGCUGCGAGAGUGUACACUCAGUUGAGGCUCACUCGACAAUUUGGAGUUGGAGAUGUGGUCAUGGUCGGAGCUCUGGUCUUCGGACUUCUUCAAUUGACCAUGCAAACUUUAGCCUUCACUCAUGGCUGGGGAAGGCAUUUCUUCUUUCUCAGCGAUAGCCAGAAGGUGAAUGCAAUGGAAAUGGUAUUCGUGUCUGAGCCCCUUGCAAUUAUGUGCAGCACGUUUGGUCGCGUGUCGUUCAUGUUCCUCUUGGUAAGGCUUUUCGGCAACACCAAGGGCAGACGGUGGUUCCUGUAUGCCCUUAUGGCACAACAACUGAUUGUUAAUCUCUUCACCUCGAUUACGAUUUUCACCCAGUGUGGAAAUGUGCACAGUCUCUGGAAUCCCGUGGGAGAGCCGAGCAAAUGCUGGUCGCCCGAUGUGCAAACCGACACUGGAUAUGUCCAAGGAGUAUUCAACUCUGCUACUGAUCUCAUCUUGACCGUUAUGCCACUGAGAAUCUUCUGGACUCUGCAAAUGGACUUGAAAAUCAAACUCGGUCUGGCCGGUCUCCUUGGACUCAGUGUCUUUGCCUUCGCUGCAUCGAUUGUCAAGACCGUCAUGUUGAAGAACCUUGGAGAGCGCUCAGACUAUACUUACAACACCGUGCUCUUCUUCCGCUGGGUCAUCGUCGAAAACACGCUCGUCAUGGUCGCCUCCUCGGUUCCUCUGCUGCGGCCCCUCUUCAGCGCCGCCAAGAAGACAGCCAUGACGCACUACGGCUCGAACAGCGCCUACGAACUGGGCUCUCGACAGAAUGGCUCCACAUCCUUCGCGUACGGGAAGAACACGGCCAAGUCACACGUCGAGGCGUCGAGUUCGGAGGAGAAUAUAUUGCCGAUUCAGAAGGUGCCGUUAGGUACCAAGGAGAGGGUUCAGCAUUUCGGGAAGGGCGAUGUGGAACAGGGAGUUAUUAAGAAGGAGGUGCAGUACCAGGUUAAGUAUGAGACUGAUCCUAAGGCGGGGCUGUCGGCUGAGAUGACUGAGUGGGAUCCUCAUUCAAAUGGCGUGGCGAAGUGAUGAAAUGCAGGGAUGCGAUGGAAACGAUAUUUGUAUUUGUGGGAUCUCUCUGAUCAAAAGUUAAUGUUUUCUUGUCUUGGGUAUUUUGGGAGAUGUACGAUCAUGAUUGCUUUCCUUAGUUGCUGGAGAAAGCUCGAGGGACGGCGUUUACCUUGUAUUUUCUUGUUGAGCUCUGCAAGUGAUUGUAGAGAAUUCAAUAUAGACCCAGGACAAUGUAACGAUAACUUUACUCAAUGGAAAAGUGCUCAAGCCUC